AUGAAAAAAACAUUGAACUCAACAUUAUUGAAGUUAUUCGUUCUCUUGAACGCUUCUUUCUUGACAUUAGCUGAUCUUGACAGAGGUCUAACAAUAGAUUUCUAGGUCUGGCUAAAUAAAAAUGGCUAUGGUUAAUAUGAAUUCGCUCAGGAGAGCUUUAUCGGUGGAGCUUUUGGAGGCAAAGACUCUGCUUCAGAUACUAUUGUUAACAGACCAGUCGUCUUUUUCCAUGGAAACUCUGAUAUUGCUGUUGGUCAACCCACCGAUAAAAUGGACUGGAAAUUUGGAUUUACAAAAUCAAUUGAGCACUUUAUGGCUAAUGGCUAUAAAAAGUCAGAACUUUACGUAACCACCUGGGGUAAUGGUGACUAUACUUAAGCCAAUAAGACUACUCAUAGCAUUGAGGCAGUCAAGAAAAUGAGAGCUUUUAUGGAAGCUGUUAUCUAAUACACUGGUGCUAGCUAAGUUGAUGUUAUUACACAUUCACUAGGUGGCACUCUAGCCAGAAGAGUAAUCAAGGGAGGCCAUGUAAAUGGUGCUGAGACUCCAUACGAAGUGGGUGAAUCUCUUGCACCCAAAGUUAAUACUCUGAUCACAUUAGCCAUUGGAAAUCUCGGUAUUCAUUCUUGCAGCGAGAUGCUUGAUCAACCAAUUUGCAACAAAAAGAAUGGUUACUAUCCAGCUGGACCAUACCAAGAUGGGCCAAGUCUUUACCUCUAGGAAUUAAAUGACAAUGUCAAGGAAGCUGAUCACGUAUACUCUCUAUUCUCUACAAAGGAUGAAGUUAUGUCUAAUAAAGACCCUAACUUUGGAUUUAGAACAAGUAUGUGGACAACUGUUGACGACUACCAUCAAUUCAAUACAGUUGAGUUCUCCCAUCUUUGCUUAAGAGACAUUACAGCUCCACUAUAACUCCACCUUAUGAAAAAUCAUGAUAUGACAAGCUUUGAUUUUAAUUCUCUUGACACAAGUGGAAAAGAUUGCUAUUUCUACUACCCAGAAAAAAAGAGUUUCUCAGUUAUGAUGUGA